GAUCAACAGUUACCGGACCAACCCAAGCAUGGAUACUUGCACUCACUCCAACCCACUUGCUAACGAGUCUAAUGAAAAUGGUUUAAUCAACAUGACUGCCGUCUGGCAAGGAAAACGAUAUCCACUGCAAUUACCAUCCACCACAACUGUCGGAGAACUCAAACAACAACUAGAACAAAUGACACAAGUAUUGGCCAGUAGACAAAAACUAUUGGGUUUGAUUAAGAAAAAACUACCAAACGAUGAUGCUACAUUGCUUUCAUUGAAUAUUCCAUCCAACUCGCUUGUAUUUACCAUGAUGGGCUCGGUUGAGAGUCAGAUUAUCAAAGAUCCAACUGAUGUGGAUCUUCCAGAUGUGCUGAAUGACAUGGAUGUAGACUAUUGCAAUGACAUACUAACAAUCAAACCACACAAGGAUCCAGUCAAUAUUCAGUCAUUGAACAAAGUAAUUGAAAAGGCUUCAAUUCGUAUCAUCAAUGAGCCCAGAAAGGCAAAAAAGCUUCUUGUUUUGGACUUGGACUAUACUUUGUUUGAUUGCAAGACACCUGCAUCGCAUAUCGACCAACUCUCUCGUCCAGGGCUGCAUGAAUUUCUUGCAACCGUAUACGUGUAUUACGACAUAUGCAUAUGGAGUCAAACGUCAUGGAAAUGGUUGGAGAUGAAAAUCACCGAGUUGGGAAUGCUUAAUCACUCCGAGUAUCACAUCUCAUUUGUUUUGGAUCAGAGCACCAUGUUUUCAAUUAUGGGAACAGAGAAGCAGUUGGCUAGUAGUAGUAGCAAAUCUGUGACGAUUCCAAAACGACAUCAAGUAAAGCCAUUGCAGUUUAUCUGGUCAAAAUUUCCUGGUCAAUACAAUGCCUUUAAUACGAUACAUAUUGAUGAUUUAUCUCGAAAUUUUGCCAUGAAUCCACAGAGUGGACUUAAAAUCACGGCAUUCAAAAAUGGACCAACAAUGCGAGCUACUGAUCGCGAAUUGAUUCUACUUGGACGAUACUUGGUGCAGUUGUCGAUGGUGGAUGAUUUUCGAAGUUUAGAUCACAAGAAGUGGAAGCAGUUUAACGGACCGUUGCCGCAAUGAGGUUAUUUUUACCUCCGUAUUUUUGUGUAGUGAAAGAAUGAUGAAUAAACAAUUUAGUUGAUUGGUUUGAUCCCAGUCAUA